AUGACUACCCGCUAUGCUCAAGCUCACCUCCCAACUUCCCUCGCAGGUCCUGGUGACUCCCGCCCAACAGCUCUGCAGAUCGUCCAAGACAACAACUUGGAGAAUGCACUCAGCGACAAGGUCAUGCUCGUGACUGGCACCUCUUCGGGAAUCGGUAUUGAAACUGUUCGUGCCCUGAAGGCUACCGGCGCAAAGAUCUAUGCGACAGCCCGUGACUUGGAGAAGGGUCGCAAAGCUCUUGCGAAUGUCUUGGAGCCUGGAAAAGUCGAGCUUCUGCGGCUUGAUACAGCCUCCUUCGCCAGCGUACGGGACUGUGCAAAGGAGUUUCUGGCCAGAGAGUCUCAACUCAACGUCAUGGUCAACAAUGCUGGGAUAAUGGCACUUCCAGAACGCACGCUGACCCAAGAUGGUCACGAAGCUCAAUUCCAGACCAACCAUCUUGGACAUUUUCUUCUCUUCCAGCUGCUGAAGCCGACACUGCUAGCUUCGGCAACACCGGCCUUUGCGUCGCGCGUCGUCAACGUCUCAAGCAUCGGCCACAGGACUUCGAGCAUACGCUUUGACGAUUUGGACUUCUCCGAAGCAGGGUCAUAUACCCCUUUCGGCGGCUAUGGCCAGUCCAAGACUGCCAACAUCUACAUGGCCAACGAAAUCGAACGACGAUACGGGCCAUUGGGUUUGCACGCGUGGUCCCUGCACCCUGGCGGCAUUGAUACGGGCUUGCAGCUGCACGUCGAUUUCAGUGCGAUCAAAGCGAUGCCCGAAGUACAGCGAGGCAUGCACUCAGUCGAGCAGGGAGCCGCCACGACCGUCCUGAGCGCAAUUGACAAGGAGCUGGAGGGUAAGGGGGGGAAAUACCUUGAGAACACCGCAGUCGCGGGCCCUGUGCAGGACGCGGGGUUCGCCAGUCUUGGAUAUGCAGAAUGGGCUUAUGAUGAGGAUGCUGCAAAGAAAUUGUGGACUGUCAGCAACCAGAUUGUUGGUGUGACUGGGGAUGAGUGA